AUGUCUGUCCGUACUUCUUCAAGAUCUAAUAAGGGUCAGAAUAAAUAUAUUGAGUAUUUGUUACAGGAGGAGACUGAAGCACCAAAGAAAAAAAGAACUAAAAAGAAAGUUGAUUCAGCCAUAGAGAAGAAUAAGAAGUCUGAUUCUUCUCAGGAGCCAAGGAAAGAUACUGAAAAUGUAAGAACAGACGAAGUAGACGAAGCGGAUGAGGGCUAUGUUAGAUGUCUGUGUGGGGCGAACAAUGAAAACUACGAUGCUGCAGAAUAUUCGCAUGGCGACAUGGUACAGUGCGAUGGCUGUGACACUUGGCAGCAUAUUAAAUGUAUGACUGAUGGUAAAGACACCAUAGAUGGGCUAAUGAGUGAAGAUUCUAAGUACUACUGUGAAUUGUGCGACCCAUCAUUGUAUGCACAUUUGGAAACGUCAAAGGAGGCAGAGGUUUCAGAGGAUGAAGAUUACCAUGAUGAUGUUUACAAGCCCGUAAAUGACCAUGAUGACAAUGAUGCAGAUGUCUUUCUUGAUGAGGAAAGCCCUAGGAAACGAAAAAGGAGCCCCGAUAGUGCCAAAGGAAUUCAUAUCAAAUCCAAACAGGUGAAGAAAUCCAAUGGGUCAAAAAAAAGGAAUAAAAGCAUUGAUGCCGCCAAGUCUGAUACUGCCGAAAACGAAAUGCCUACUAGGAAAGAUUUUGAAAGCGAAAAAGAACACAAACUGAGGUAUAAUGCAGAAAAAAUGUUCUCUACCUUAUUUAGCAAAUUCAUCGUUCCCGAAACAAUUGAGGCAAAACUUUAUGAGCUUCCUGAUGGGAAAGACGUUAUAUCGAUAUCGCAAGAGUUUGCGCACAAUCUGGAAGAAGAACUUUACAAAGCUUGCCUUAACGUCGAGUUUGGUACUUUGGACAAGAUAUACACAGAGAAAGUGAGGUCGUUAUACUCUAAUUUAAAGGAUAAAAAAAAUUUGGAACUGAAGGCACACGUUGUCGAGGGCAAAUUGCCUUUAAAUAAACUGGUGAACAUGAACGCAUCUGAACUCGCAAAUCCUGACUUACAAGAAUUUAAAGAGAAAAGGGAUAAGAUUAUCUUAGAAAAUUUUAUCGUGGAGGUACCUGACAAACCCAUGUACGUUAAGACCCACAAGGGUGAUGAGCUGAUCGAAGAUAUCGCUGAACCUCAAGAGGAUAUUUUGUACUCAAAAGACAGCAUAAGAUUACACAACAUUGACAGUAUCGACAGCGAUAAGAGUAAAAUAGAACAGACUCAUGCCAUUUCGAAAGAACCCAGCCCAAGUACAAUAAUCAACGAAGAAUCUUUAAACUGCGCAUUUUUGUAUCCCGGCUUAGGACUUGAGUUUACAGGUUACCUAAACUACAUUGGGGCUUCACAAAAGUUAAGACGGGAUAUUUUCAAGGAAGCCAUUGGUGACGGAAAACUGUAUGUAGAAGGGCGCUUACCUACAACCACUGCUGCACCAUAUCUUAAGGAAAUUUCUUGCUCUAGAGCUAUAUUAGUAUACCAAUUAUUUCCUUCGAAUGAUAGUGAAAGUAAGACAACUUUUGCCGACGUUGUAGACUCCCUGGAAAACAAAGGUCGCAUUGCAGGUAUAAAGCCAAAAACUAGAUACGAGAAGGAUUUUUAUAUCGUUCCAUCGAAGGGCGGUGAAAUUCCUGAAAUUUUGAAAGAUAUUUUAGGCAGUCACAAUGAUGAAAGAUCUGAGAGAUUUUCGCGAAUGAAAUCAGAUGAAAGAACAUUAUUCGCAUUUGUUGUCGUGAAACAGGAAUUUAUCCAUUAA